UCACCAGGCACAACCGUGGGCUCCGAGUCAACUGGGAUGACCGCUGGCACUGGGUCAGACAUUGGAUCGUCUGGCUGGACAGCGGGCAUCGGGUCACCAGGCAUCAGGUCAUUUGGCUCGACAGCGGGCACCGCGUCAUCUGGCAAGGCAGUGGGCUCCGAGUCAACUGGUAUGACCGCGGGCACUGGGUCAGACAUUGGAUCGUCUGGCUGGACAGCGGGCACUGGGUCACCAGGCAUCAGGUCAUUUGGCUCGACAGCGGGCACCGCGUCAUCUGGCAAGGCAGUGGGCUCCGAGUCAACAGGCACGACAGUGAGCACCGGGUCAUCAGGUACCGGAUUGUCUGGCUCGACAGCGGGCAUCGGGUCACCAGGCAUCAGGUCAUUUGGCUCGACAGCGGGCACCGGAUCAGGUACCGGAUCAUCUGGAUCAACAGCGGGCAUCGAGUCAACUGGCCUAAUAGGAUCGUCAGGCUGGAUCAGUUCAUCAUGCUGGGUAGAGGCGUCCGGCUGAGUUGAGGCUUCAGGCCGAGUAGAGGCUUCAGGCCGAGUAGAGGCAUCAGGCCGAGUAGAGGCUUCAG